CACACACAGUACUAUAGCAGUCGAAAAAAAACCAUUGAGUGUACCGGACGGGAUUUUAGUGCUAGUUUUUGAACCAAAACAAGUCAAUUUAAAUAAAAAUAACAAAGUUUUCAAUUUUAAUUUAAAGUAAACAACACGAAAUCACAGCCAAAAUAUCAGUUGGUGUUUCUUUCAUUUUAAAUAUCACAAAUGUUGCUGGCCAGCAAUUAAACAAUUUAAGUUAAUGCUGCAUGUACUUAUGACAGAUCUAAAAGAUAACGCCUUCGACUGAGAGAUCAUGAGCCGCCAGCAUCAGCGGCACCACCAGCAGCAGCUGCAGCAACAACAGCAGCAGCAGCAACAGCAACAGCUGCUGACGGCACAACAGCAGCAACAACAGGCGCUGCUGAUGGCAGAACAUGCCGCCGCCGCGGAGGCCGCCGAGCUGUUCGAUCUGCUUUGUGUGGCAACCACAAUGCGCCAAAUAUUGGCUCUGCAUCGAGCCAUGUGCGAGGCGGUGGGGCUGCGUCCAUCGCCGUUGAACGAUUUUUACCCGAAGCUCAAGGCCAAGGUGCGAUCGUGGAAAGCGCAGGCGCUGUGGAAAAAAUUCGAUGCACGUGCCGCACAUCGUGUCUAUGGCAAGGGCAAUGCCUGUACUGGCACUCGUGUCCUGGUCAUUGGCGCCGGGCCCUGUGGUCUGCGCACGGCCAUUGAGGCGCAACUGCUGGGUGCCAAGGUGGUGGUGCUAGAGAAGCGCGAUCGUAUAACUCGCAACAAUGUGCUGCAUCUGUGGCCGUUUGUCAUCACGGAUCUGAGGAAUCUAGGUGCCAAGAAGUUCUAUGGCAAGUUCUGUGCGGGCUCCAUUGACCACAUCUCCAUCAGGCAGUUGCAGUGCAUGCUUCUCAAGGUGGCUCUGUUGCUGGGAGUUGAGAUACACGAGGGUGUCGGCUUCGAUCAUCCCGUGGAGCCGAGCGGCGAUGGCACCGGUUGGCAUGCAGCGGUCACGCCAGCGGAUCAUGCGGUGUCAAACUAUGAAUUCGAUGUACUGAUCGGUGCCGAUGGCAAGCGUAAUAUGCUUGAUUUCAGACGCAAGGAGUUUCGCGGCAAGCUGGCCAUUGCCAUAACGGCCAAUUUUAUCAACAAAAAGACCGAGGCGGAGGCCAAGGUGGAGGAGAUAAGCGGUGUGGCCUUUAUAUUCAAUCAGGCCUUCUUCAAGGAGCUGUACAGUCGAACGGGCAUUGAUCUCGAAAACAUUGUCUACUACAAGGAUGAGACGCAUUAUUUUGUGAUGACCGCCAAAAAGCACAGCCUGAUCGAUAAAGGUGUCAUUAUUGAGGACAUGGCCGAUCCCGCCGAGCUGCUAGCGCCCGCCAAUGUGGACACCCAGAAGCUCCAUGACUACGCACGCGAGGCUGCCGAAUUCUCCACGCAAUAUCAAAUGCCCAAUUUGGAGUUUGCUGUGAAUCAUUAUGGUAAGCCGGAUGUGGCCAUGUUCGAUUUUACCUCCAUGUUUGCUGCCGAGAUGUCCUGCCGUGCUUUGGUACGUAAGGGCUGCCGACUACUUCAGUGCCUCGUGGGUGACAGUCUGCUGGAGCCUUUCUGGCCCACUGGAUCGGGCUGUGCUCGUGGUUUUCUGUCUAGCAUGGAUGCUGCAUAUGCCAUCAAGCUGUGGUCAAAUCCGCAGAACAGCACCUUAGGCGUUCUGGCACAGCGUGAAAGCAUCUACCGAUUGCUUAAUCAGACCACACCGGAUACUCUGCAACGUGAUAUCAGCGCCUACACUGUGGAUCCGGCCACACGAUAUCCGAACCUCAAUCGCGAAUCGGUGAAUAGCUGGCAAGUAAAGCAUCUUAUUGACACCGAUGAUCCCUCAAUACUGGAGCAGACUUUUAUGGACACGCACGCGAUCCAAUUGCCACAUGUCGAGACGCCGGGCAGACGCAAGCGUCGCAGUGGAGAUACUCUUCCACAAGGUGCCACUUUGCUACGCUGGAUAAGCGCACAGCUGGCUGCCUUUCAGUUUGCCGCUGAUCUCAAGGAGCCCUCGGAUGUGUUUCGCAAUGGCCGUGUGCUGUGCGCCCUAAUCAAUCGGUAUCGACCCGAUCUUAUUGAUUAUGCUGCCACCAAGGACAUGAGUCCGCUAGAGUGCAAUGAGCUGGCUUUUGCCGUGCUGGAACGUGAGUUGCACAUUGAUCGCGUUAUGAGCGCCAAGCAAUCCCUCGAACUGACCGAUGUUGAGUCGCGUAUCUGGCUCAACUAUAUGGACCAAAUCUGUGAGCUGUUUCGCGGCGAGAUACCACACAUUAAGCAUCCCAAGAUGGACUUUAGUGACCUGCGUCAAAAGUAUCGCAUCAAUCAUACGCACGCCCCGCCGGACUUCUCCAAGCUGCUGCAGACAAAGGCCAAGGCCAAGUCGCCCAUGCAGGAUGCCGUCGAUGUACCCACAACUGUACAGCGACGCUCUGUGCUGGAGGAGGAGCGCGCCAAGCGACAACGCCGCCACGAGCAGCUCUUGAACAGUGGCGGCGUUGCCGCUGGCGCCGCUGCAGCCAGCAGCGCGGGUAGCAGCAACUUACAACAGGCUCAAAGUGAUACGCCGCGUCGCUCGAAGAAACGUCGCCAGGCUGAUAAAACGGCGAACAUUGAGGAGCGCCAGCAGCGCCUGCAAGAGAUCGAGGAGAAUCGUCAUGAUCGCAUGAGCAGGCGACGCCAGCAGCGUUUCCAUCAGACGCAGAAUUUCUACAAGAGUCUGCAACUGCUGCAGGCGGGCAAAUUACUGCGCGAGGGCGAUGGUGUAGCUGAGGGCGUGGCCGAGGAUGGCACACCCUUUGAGGACUAUUCAAUAUUCCUGUAUCGGCAGCAGGCACCCGUAUUUAACGAUCGCGUCAAGGAGCUUGAACGCAAGCUUCUGUUUCCCGAUCGCGAACGUGGUGACAUACCCUCAGCGGUGCCACGGAAUGCUGCCGAUGAGCAGUUCAGCGAUCGCAUCAAGAACAUGGAGCAGCGCAUGACGGCACGCGCUGGACAUGGCAGUGAUAAGAAACCCAAAGAUCUGAUGCGUGCCAUUGGCAAGAUCGAUUCGACUGAUUGGAAUGUGCGCGAAAUCGAAAAAAAGAUUGAGUUGUCUAAGAAGACCGAAAUACAUGGGCCAAAAGGGCGCGAGAAGGUGCCCAAAUGGAGCAAAGAGCAGUUCCAAGCGCGUCAGCACAAAAUGUCCAAGCCGCAGCGACAGGAUUCGCGCGAGGCCGAAAAGUUCAAGGAGAUCGAUACGACGCUCAAGAAUCUGGAUAAACAGCUCAAGGAGGGACACAAUCUAGACGUGGGGGAGCGCGGACGCAAUAAGGUCGCCUCCAUUGCUGGACAAUUCGUCAAAAAGGAUGAAACCAAUUCGGAUGAGAAGAAUGCCAGCAGCAAUGCCACCACCAACACCAACAACACUGUCAUACCAAAAUCUAGCUCUAAGGUGGCGCUGGCCUUUAAGAAGCAGGCCGCCUCCGAGAAGUGCCGCUUCUGCAAGCAAACUGUUUAUCUUAUGGAGAAGACCACCGUCGAGGGUCUGGUGCUGCAUCGCAAUUGCCUUAAGUGUCAUCACUGCCACACCAAUCUGCGUCUGGGCGGCUAUGCCUUUGAUCGGGAUGAUCCGCAGGGUCGCUUCUAUUGCACACAACAUUUCCGUCUGCCGCCCAAACCCAUGCCGCAGCGCGUAAGCAAAGCGAGGAGAUCCGCUGCUGCACAGCCUGUUUCACCUGCCGCACAGCAAACCCCAGCAGCUGGCGCCGCCGCUGCCGCUGAUGCCGUACAGGCCAUGGAUACUACGCCGGCAAGAGACCAAGUGGAUUUGUUGGAAACCUCAAGAGCCCCUGCCUCGGCCGAUGCUAUGUCUGAUGAUGAGGCCAAUGUUAUUGACGAGCACGAGUGGUCUGGACGCAAUUUUCUGCCUGAAUCUAACAACGACUCACAGUCGGAGUUGUCCAGUUCAGAUGAGUCCGACACAGAGUCCGACUCGGAGAUGUUCGAGGAAGCUGACGAUUCGCCAUUUGGUGCCCAGACCCUGCAGUUGGCAUCAGAUUGGAUUGGCAAACAGUAUUGUGAGGAUAGCGAUGAUUCUGACGAUUUCUACGAUUCUAGUGAAGGCAUCGCGGAUGAUGGUAAGGACGAUACCGAGGGUGAGGAGUUCAAGAAAGCACGGGAGCUGCGCCGCGAGGAAGUACGCCUACAGCCAUUGCCCGUCAAUUUGCCCACGGAUACCGAAACGGAGAAGCUCAAGUUGAAUGUAGAGAAUAAAGAAAACGUGGAACGAGGUUCCAUCAAAUCAGCCAACUCCUUUGAGUCGGCCCAAAGUCAGCCGAGCACGCCAGUUGCACCACCCACACGUGCUCAAGUGGAGCAGCUGGAGCGGAAUGCGCCGCGAAAAUUUAGCAGCGAGAUCGAAGCAAUUAGCGAAAAGCUAUAUCACCUGAACAAUAUGGUCAAAAUGAACAAGGAUCUGGAAGUGCUUGCUAAGGAAAAUCUGGUGAAGAGCGACAUAUUGCGCAAACUAACGCUUAAGGAGAAAUGGUUAGCCGAGAAUGCGGCCAUAGCUGCUGGCAUGGCCAGUCCCAUGAAGACGCCAAUAGCGGCUGCAGCUGCAACAGCUACUGCACCACCCAAAUCCAAGUUUGAUGAAAAAUAUGAAAAGGUUGUCAGUCCGCCACAAGCUGUGGUUGAGCCCAAACCCAAGCCCGUCAUUGAUUUUAAUCUGGAGGAAUUGAAGCCACGCAAACCCAACUUUGAAGAGCGACCCAAGGAGCUGCUAAAAAAACCAGAAAGUCUAAAGAAGCCGGCGCAGCUGAGUCCCAAGCCGGAGCGCAAAAGCAGCGCCAAUGUGAGCCGCUCCAGCAGCAUGAAAAGCAAUGCUAGUUCCAAGUCCAGUCCGCGUCCGAGAAAGAAGGUACCCCUGCCCAAUGACAACAGAAUGCAAAUCGAGCGUAUUCUGGGCACAGUUAAAAAACUACAACGACAGCACAGCAGCGACCAGGAUGAGGAAAUGGAUAUAGAUGACGAUGCUGAUGCUGAUUCACAAACCAACACACAAAUGAGCAGCAAGCUUAAGGAAAUUGGUGCCAGUAGCUUUGCGGGUACAAUGGAUCAUAUCAAAUCACAGCUGGUAAUGCCCACGGUGCAUACAGCAAACGUGGAUCUUUCCAAAUAUUUUCCCAAUCAAAAGGAGGAGAAGAGCAGCUCAGGCAACACAAAUAAGAAUCAGAAAACCUUGAAGGAUGUGGAUCUGGCCAAGUAUUUUCCUAGCAGCCCGGCGCCGCAACGACGCGCCGUUGAUACUGUUGCAGAGCGACUAAAAAAAUCGCAAACUGAGGCAUCUAUACCGCAGUCGCAGGUAGCACAAGAGCCCAAAGAUGCGCACUCUAAGACAGAGACCAAGACAAAGCCUGUGCCACCCAAGCGGCAGGCAUCAUUGAAUACUUUCAGUCUGCGCGACCAUCAGCUGGAUGGCGCGCUAGAUUUGAGCAAGAAAAAAACACCUGUUAAGGUGGCUACCGUAUCAAAAACUCCAUCCAAGACCACAAGUGCAACGACCUUAGCCAAGGCCACAACCACGCCCAAGGGUAAAAUAAAAAUCAUUAAAAAAAUUGUGCCCAAAGGCACCAAGGCCAAGAAAGCAGCGGCUGCUGCAGCAGCUGCAGUUGGCCCGGAAAGUAAGCCAGAGAAGCAGCCGCCACGCGAUGAAGCUGAACGCAUACUGGACGAGAUUUUAGCCGACGGUGAGUCUCGUUCGCCCAGCUCCGAUUAUCAAAAACUCUUCAAUGAUGAAAAGUCACCCAGUGAUCUCUCGGAUAAGAUCGAACGUAUACUUGAAGAAACGGGCCUUGAUCUUGAGCUGGGCUUGCCCCGGCGCAAUAGCAAGAAGCUAUUGAAAACCAAGUCACUCGGCGAGGGCGACUUUGAUUUACAGCCCAAGCGACUAAGUGGCGUGCAAAACAUACUCAAGCGCUUCGAAUCAAUGAGUUCCGUCAACUCGCAGCAAAGCGAUGAGCAGGCAUCCUUCAAGCUGCGUCGCAUGGAGUCCAGCACCAGCAAUAUGAGCAGUCUAAACCGCUCUCGUGAAUCCCUGGUCUCUGCCAGCGAUUCCAUGAGUGAUCUGGAGAGAACUAUGGACUAUUUGCGCAAUGAAUGGCGCAACGAGGCAACCAAUUUCCUGCAAAAGAAACGCGAUAGAUUUUUUGCGCAAAAAGAGGAACAGCAAAAGCAGCUGGAGAUAAAACCAGAGCCAGCUCGGGGACAUGAGCUGCCCGUGCAAUAUCGCGACUCCAAGCUGGCCAAGUUCUUUGGUCUGGCGUCCCGCAAAUCGCCUGAAAAGCGCAAAUCACCCAUUAAAAAGGAAAAAUCGCCCAGCAAAAAGAGAACCUCACCGAAUAAAAGCCAAAAGACAGCUAAGGCUAAUAAUUCACUAGAAGAGCUCGCUAAGAUUAGCAAUGCCCGACAGGCAAAGCAAGCGCAAAAGUCGCCAGCAAAAGUCGCCGGGGGGACUGUUAAUAAAAUUGAACGCAAGAUCGAAGUGAGACCCGCAAAGCCAGCCACUCCUGUUCCGGAUGACUUCGAGAUUUUGGACUUGCUGGAUAAAGCCACAGCGGCCAAGGAGCUGGAGCGCUCCCAAACAAAAAGUCCACUCGUAGAAGAGGUUCCACAGCAAACAAUUAACGAAGCCGUUAACAUAGAAACAGAGACUCCGCCGACGCGUCCUGUGGUCGAGGAUAUUAAAAACUUGCCCAAGACUGGCUGCGAUAAAUCGUUAAACAGUUCCCGGCGUGGUUCUCAGUCCAGCCUUGUGCUCUCGCGACGUCAAUCGGAUAUUUCUUUGACCGAAAAACUAAACCUGGAUGCUUUGGAGGCACUACACAGCAUCGAGAUGGAGCGCAAUGUGGAGCAUGUAGAUGAGGUCUUUCAGAGUAUGGUCGAGGCAAUGGACCAAACGCCAGACAAUGUUGUGGAUGACGAUGUGGAUGCCGACUCGUUGUGCACUACCAUCAGCAAGAGUCCCAGCGCCCAACCCAUUACGGUGGUCAAGCGUGGCAGCUCCGAGGAGCAGAGCAUCGAAAAGCUGUUUGGCAACUUUUCCGAUGAAAUGCUCGUGAAUGUGGAGUUUGAUUCCAAUGAUGAACUAAUCGGUAUAACGCCAAGUGUCAACCCGAUUGCCGGCAGCUCCGAGGAACGUGAUAUUGUUGACAAACUAGAUUCACUAGAGCGCGAUGAAAUACCCAUGAGCAGGAUGGAGGAACCUAAUCGGUUUAUAAACAAAGAAAAUGCUGGGGUGGACGAGGUGGAUAGCGCUCAUUUUCCGGCACGCCCACAACGCAGACAAAAAAGCAGCUCUUCGUCCAGUGAACCUACUCUGCCAGUUGCACCACAACGUCUGAAAAAGAAAUUGGCCAAGUUGGAUCCAGAAAACAUGCCGCCUUCGGUGCAGGAUUUGCUACAACAACUGCACGUAAAAACGCUGCAGCCGGAGAAGGAAAAGCUGCAGUCUGGAGCUGCUGAAGAAACGCUUAAAUUCCCAAGACUUCUUCAAGAAGAGGAUGUGGUCGAUCAUGUAGAGAAGGAGACACCUAAGCCCAAAGAAAAUGGCUUAAAUAAAGUCAAGUCAGGUCGAAUACCAGAGAUUCUAAUCGAACAGCCACAAUCUUCGCUCACGAAAUCCGCUGGGAGCCAAAAUAAUUCAAUAAAAAGCGAAAACUCUUCCCACAGUAGUCUCAAUGAGGCACCAAAGCUUGUAACGCCGCCAAAAGUGCGCAGCAAGGAGAAUUCGCUCGACUGGGAUAUGGAGAAGCUGCCCGCCUCACCCAUGCCCCGUCGCAAACAGCCCCUGAUACCAACCAGCAAGGAGGGCUCUUUGGAAUGGGACAUGGAAAAGUUGCCCAACAGCCCAAUGGCGCCGCGCCGUCGCUUACCCACAAGCAAACAAUACGAUGUCUCUCCCAGCAGCUCCAUUCAGCUGCUCAAUAAUCUUUCUAGCCUUGAUGACGAUGCGGAGCGGGCGGAGGAGCGCCUUAUCCAAGAAUUUGAGCGGGAACGCCGUCAGGCGCUAUUAAAACGCGAUGAGAGCUUUGAAGCAGCAGCUGCCGAGCAGCGUCGUCGCGAUUCGCAGCAGAGCAGCAGCAACUCCAGCGGUAACAACUCCAACGGCAAGCGUAAUCUGCCGCCACCUACGCCUCCACAGACAAGCGUUAGACGUGGUACCACGCAGGCUAGCAGCAGCCGGCGGGAGUCCACCAAGCGAGAGGGCACGCCUCCCAUGUUUAAGAAAUUAGAUUUGGGUGACGACAGCAACUCGACGAUAGGCUCCACGUCGGCAUCCACGCGACGCAGCUCAUUUGCAUUUAUAGAAUUACAGGAUAAUAAGCCGGUGAUUGUGCCCAUGCCUAAGAAGCUACACCUGCCCAAGCUGGAGGCACCAAAAUAUGUGCCCGAAGUAAGUGCUGACGAUGAGCCAGUGCCGGAAGUCUUUAAGGAUCGUGUCUGGCCAAAUCAACACAUUACAGGAGUGCAUCCAGACAGCGAGGACGAAGAUGAAGAGCAAGAACUGAAGAAUAAAUUGCCCGAGUAUGCACGUUCCGACUCGCCGCCCUGUGCUGCCUUUGAGAAUCGUCAGUGGCCCGAUGGCAAAACCAUUUUCGAGCAGAGCCAACGCAGCGAUUCGCUUGAGGCAGAUGAUGUGCUCAGCUUACUGAAAUCUAAGCGAAGUAGCAACAAGAGAUUCAAUAACAAGCCACGCUCACAGUCACCACAGCCUUUUAAGCCACUGGCAGCCAGUUCUCGCCAGGAAUCCAAAUCCUUUAGUGAUCUCAAAACUGGAGCGCCUGCGUCUGCGUCCAUGCAAUCACUAUCAGCAAGGUCCAGUCAGGACACAGAUACGCGCUCGACCACAGCAACGGUGGCUACCUCGCGUCCAUUGAGCUAUGUCAACUACGAUGAGUCGGUGGAUGCCAGCAUGCGUGCACUGCUCGAUCGUAGCAAGCGGCUCCACAAUCGCAAACGCGACUUUGUCAACGAGCGCGUCGUGGAGCGAAAUCCCUAUAUGCGUGAUGUCAUACGUAGCACGGAGCGGACUAAGGACUAUGACUUUGAGCCGGACGAGGAGCUGUCUAGCUAUCGACCCCGUCACUAUACCAGCAGCAUGCCAGCAAAGGCUACGCCAACAACGAGUCGCUUUCCCAGCUCCAUCUCCAACUAUGCGCGCAGUCCAGCGCCACGCAGCACCUAUGAUUACCUCAGCAAUGUGGGAAACAGCAGCGACUACCUCAGCCGAAGACCCUACUCUGCAUUGGGUCCAACAAGUACAUCUAGCUUUUAUCCGAGUACAGCAGCAACAAGCAGCACACAUCUCACCGAUCUGUUUAGGCGACGCAGUCCCGCCUCCAUGUCCAGCUACGGGCGCAGCGAUUACGGCCUGCCCGCCAGCAAAGAGUCGUGCGUACAAACCGAAUCCGAGAGCACAUCGCCCGACGAAGUUGAGCUUAACUCUGCAACAGAAAUAUCCACCGAUUCAGAGUUCGACAAUGACGAGAUCAUACGGCAGGCACCAAAAAUCUUUAUUGACGAUACACAUCUAAGAAAACCCACAAAAGUUCAGAUCAAGUCCAGUGUGAUCACAACCAGUGCAUCUGGCCUACAUCAGAAGCAGCUGGCGUCGCGCGAAAAGGGCGGUAGUUAUUUGCAAAAAUACCAGCCGCAGCCAGCGCAGCCACAGUUCAAGCCCCUGGUUCAGGUGGAUCCUACACUUCUAAUUGGUAGUCAGCGAGCGCCGUUGCAAAAUCCACGACCUGGUGACUAUCUGCUGAAUAAGACGGCCAGCACCGAGGGCAUUGCCUCCAAGAAGAGCCUGGAAUUAAAAAAACGCUAUUUGCUGGGUGAGCCGGCCAAUGGCAACAAGAUACAAAAGUCAGGCUCCACCUCGGUCCUGGACUCGCGCAUACGCAGCUUCCAGUCCAACAUCUCCGAGUGCCAGAAGCUUCUGAAUCCCAGCAGCGAUAUCAGUGCGGCUAUGCGUAGUUUCCUGGAUCGCACCAAGCUGGGCGACAAUGCCCAGAAUACCCAAAAUGAGCUGAUGCGUUCGGCUACCAGCAAUGUGAUCAACGAUCUGCGCGUGGAGCUAAAGAUUCAGAAGGCUCCGUCGAGCAACUCCACGGAUAACGAGAAGGAGAACGUAUUUGUCAACAGCAAGAACGAGCUGAACAAGGGCAUGGAGUACACGGAUGCGGUCAAUGCCACGUUAAUGGAGCAGCACAACAAGAAAGGAUCACCAACAACGCCGACCAAUAACAAAACUGUCAUCGAGGUGAUUGAUCUGGUGACACCCGAGAAGCCGGUGCCGUUCAUUGAUCUCACAGUGUUGGAGACACCAAAGAAAGCUAGCGAUGCCAGCACGGAGCUGGUGGAGGUGCCUGCUCAGAUCCCAGACAGCAAUAAGUUGAUUGAGCUGAAGCAGGAGGUCAUCAAACCGGAUGUAUCCAUUGAUGUAAAAGAGUGCAUACCCGAUAUACUUGGUGAUAUCAAAGCAGACAAGGAGGCAUCCGGCGUGGUCGACUCAGAGGAACAACAAUCCCUGCUCUGUCAAUCCGACGAGGAAAAGCGCGACUCGCCCGAGAAGUCAAACGAUCUGGAGCAGGAGCAGUACGAGCAGGACACACUACAAAUCCAAGUGCCCAAUAUACCAUGGACCAAGCCCAAGUCUGAGAUCAUGUCCACUACUGCCAGCAGCGCCACCAGCUGUUCCAGCUCAGGUAGCUCCAGCAUCGAAGAUAUACAGCAUUACAUUCUGGAGUCUACGACCAGUCCGGACACGCAAACGGCAGGUGGCAAGCACAACGUUCCGCGUGUGGAAGUGCACGACAGCAGCGGUGCCCUCAUGCAGGUGGAUAGCCUCAUGAUUGUGAAUGGCAAGUAUAUUGGAGAUCCAGAGGAUGUCAAAUAUCUGGACAUGCCAGCUGGCGUCAUUGUGCCGCCGGCGCCAGCGAUAAAGACAAGCGAGCUGGAGGAUGAGCACGAGGUGGAUGUUGAGCCGGUGACAGCUACUCCGGAGCCGGCCGAGUGUACAGUUAUUGAGGCUGAACGCCAGCCACCCCCAUUGCCCGAAAUGGGACCACCCAAGCUGAGAUUCGACAGCAAAAAUGAAAACAAAAUCGAAAGCUUGAAGAAUCUGCCAUUAAUUGUAGAACGGAAUUUGGAGCACAGCCAGGCCGUAAAGCCAAUAACGCUCAAUUUGAGCAGCAGCGCGGCAAAGACGCCAGACACGCCAACCACGCCCACACAGCAUGAUAGCGACAAAACGCCCACAGGUGAUAUAAACUCCCGCGGAUCCGACUCGGAAACCGAGCCCACGGGCACAGGUCAGGUGCUAACCGAAACAGAGCUCUCCGAUUGGACGGCUGAUGAUUGCAUCUCGGAGAAUUUUGUCGACAUGGAGUUCGUGAUCAAUUCCAACAAAGGCACCAUGAAACGGCGCAAGGAGCGUCGUCGCAGCGCGGCAACCAAGCUGCCAAGCAGCAGCGAGGUGCUCCACGAACUGGCCAAGCAGGCGCCGGUUGUCCAAAUGGAGGGUAUUCUCCACGCCAUUGAUAUUGAUGAUAUUGAGUUCAUGGAUACCGGCUCUGAGGGCUCCUGCGCCGAGGCCUAUUCAGCGACCAACACUGCAUUGCUGCACAAUCGCGGUUACAUGGAGUACAUUGAGUCGGUGCCCAAGCAGAAGAUCAACAUGGAGAAGACACACUCAAAGUCCGUUGGGCAGACUAAUCUGCAGUCGCUGGUGACCAAGCGCGAUGAGAAGUUAGGCAUCGAUUACAUUGAGCAGGGCGCCUACAUAAUGCACGAUGAUGCCAAGACACCGGUCAAUGAGGCGCCCCGCCUGCCCAGCAGUACAGCAAUGACGCAAUCCCUGACAGACUCCAGCACGCUGAAUGAACUGGACGAGGACAGUCUAGGCGGCAUGAUCCAAUCACAGACUCAACCCACCAUAACCACUACGGAGGAAAGUGAGGCGCUUACUGUGGUCACUAGUCCAUUGGACACCUCAUCGCCGCAAGUUCUUGAUCAGUUCGCCUCGCUGCUGGCCGCGGGCAAGGCGGACACCUCCACGCCAAGUAGCCCCGAGCAGCAACCAAAAACCACACAAUCCACAGUCACCACCAACAGUAGUGGCAGCAGCUCCACGCCAGCUGCUGUGCCGGCCAAGGAAACGGAUGAGGACAUGCAGAUCCAAUUCGAGUAUGUGCGUGCGCUCCAGCAGCGCAUCUCACAGAUCAGCACACAGCGACGCAAGAGCUCCAAGGGUGAGGCGCCCAAUCUGCAGCAGCCAACUGUGAUAGAAACUACCAAUGUGCUGCAGACGCCAGCAGCAGCAGAUGCACAAAGAACUGGCGGCGAGUGCGGCACGGCUGUGAGCAUGCGACCCAGGAGCAGCAGCUCAGCGAGCAAAGUACCUGAGAUACCAACGCUUAAUAGCAAGCUGGAGGAGAUCAGCAAGGAGCGCACCAAGCAAAAGGACCUCAUACACGAUCUUGUCAUGGAUAAGCUGCAGUCCAAGAAACAGCUUAACGCCGAGAAGCGCCUGCAUCGUAGCCGACAGCGCAGCCUCUUGACCAGUGGAUAUGCCAGCGGCUCCAGCUUAAGUCCAACGCCCAAACUUGCCGCCGCCAGCAGCUCCAUCGAUGCCAACUGCAGCAGUCAGGCGCACUACCAUGUCUCGACGGCAGCCGAACAGCUGCCCAGCCGGCCAGGCUACCAAACAAAUGACAUGUACAAACAGCCAAAUGCGCUACAGAAAUCCGCAACUGCCACUUAUGUUUCGCCCUACCGUACAGCGCAGCCAGCGACGCGUAGCUCGGACCUCUACAAAUCGCGUCCCUUCAGCGAGCAUAUAGACGCUGAACAAUUGAAUCUGCUGGAGCGUCAUAAGCUCAACAAGACGGCUUCGUUCAGCUACGGCAAGAUGGAUGAAUUUACAACGCCCAUUGCGCCAGUGCGUCCGCAUCGCAAUGGUAAUCAUGGUCAAAGUCAACGACAAAUCGAGCAAGCCGCCGAGGUAAGCAUCUCGGCAUCCACGGAAAAUCUGCGCAGCGAGGCGAGAGCACGUGCACGUCUAAAGUCGAACACAGAACUGGGCCUGAGCCCCGAGGAGAAGAUGCAGUUGCUGCGCAAGCGUUUACAAUAUGAUCAGAACAGCGCCAUCAAGGCUACGCAGCAGGAGGUACUCUCUAGUGACCUUACAGCCCGUGCUAGAAAAAUGAGCGCUUCCAAGAGCGUGAACGAUCUGGCCUAUAUGGUUAGUCACGGCCAACAACAGCAGCUGUGCUUGGACAGCGAUGCCGUUCAGCAAGCCAAGGCGGCUGACUUUACCUCGGAUCCCAACUUGGCGGCCAGUGCACAAGAUAAGACGCUGAAAGUCAAAACCAGCAAAAGGCAUAAGGAUCCAGAGCGUCGCAAAAGCCUUAUACAAUCGCUAUCCAACUUCUUUCACAAGAGCAACACCCACUCGACAACGGUCUCGGCUUCCGGCAGUCCAAAGGAAAUGGGCGGCGCUGUAGCUGCCAGCCACUCUGAGCAUGCAGAGCGUCCGGGCACAAGCAGCAGCGGCACGCCCACGAUCUCCGACGGAGGCAGCGGCGGUGGUGGCGGCGGCGUCUUCAGUCGCUUCCGCAUCUCGCCCAAGUCCAAGGAGAAGUCUAAGUCUUGCUUUGAUCUGAGGAAUUUCGGUUUUGGUGACAAGGAUAUGAUCACAAACAACGCAACAUUGCCAACAAGCACAACACAAACGAAACAAUCCCAAGAUUACCUCAACACAACGAACAACAGUCGCUACCGAAAGCAAACGAACACCGAAUCGUUCUCAUCGUCCAGCCCGCAGCUCUAUAUACACAAGCCCCAUCAUCUGGCCGCAGCAAAUGCCCUGGAUGACCAGACUCCGCCACCCAUACCGCCUUUGCCACUGAAUUAUCAAAGAUCUGAUGAUGAGAGCAACGCUAACGAGACACGAGAGCAUAAGAAGCAACGUGCCAUAUCGAAGGCUUCACGACAAGCUGAACUCAAGCGAUUGCGAAUCGCUCAAGAAAUACAGCGCGAACAGGAGGAGAUCGAGGUGCAAUUAAAGGAAUUGGAGGCGCGAGGAGUGCUCAUUGAGAAGGCCCUGCGGGGCGAGGCGCACAACUAUGAAAAUUUGGAUACGAGUAAGGACAAUGACGAAAAGCUUUUAAAGGAACUUUUGGAAAUUUGGCGCAAUAUCACAGCACUGAAAAAACGUGAUGAAGAACUGACUAUAAGGCAACAGGAACUGCAACUUGAAUAUCGACAUGCGCAGCUAAAAGAAGAGCUUAACUUACGCUUGUCUUGCAAUAAACUGGACAAGAGCUCCGCAGAUGUGGCCGCUGAGGGUGCAAUACUCAAUGAGAUGCUGGAAAUUGUGGCUAAGCGUGCGGCAUUACGACCAACUGCCUCACAGGUGGACCUAUCUGCAGCGGGAGCUGCUUCAAUGGACGCGGGUAUUACACUAACCGGAGAAUCCCACGAACAGGGAGAAUCGAAUAUUUGAAUUUUAAACUUGCCUUGGGGCUUACUGGCUUUCGAGUUCUGGCAAGGAUUUUUACGCCUAAAUACUUAAGCAGAAUGUACCAAAAAGCAAAAACUAUAACUAUAACACAACAAAAAAUAACGAUGCUAAAAAACGUGAGCUGUAAGAUAAACGAGCAAAAUAAACACCGAGUGAACACUUUGGUGGAAUAGUUUAUAAAAACUAAGGAUGGUCGCUGAAGAUAUUUUUCAUGAAACGCGCAACAUUACUGUAAAAAAACAGAAAACAAAAACUAAUUAUUUAAACAAAACGUAAUCAAAGCUUAUGUUCAGUUAGUUUUGAGCAUAUUAUACACAACAAUUUUAGUCAUUCAAUUUGUUGCAGCCCUACAAAACAAUUUGAUGAACUGUCUGAUCUUUGUAUGUUGUAUUAUGUUGUGUAAUAAGUUAACUGUGUUACGUAAAAAUGUAUGUGCAAAUUGUUUGUCAUUUGUUCAAUUAUAAAUGGUGUAUUUGUGUCGA